CUACUGGAAGUAUCUGAAAACGCCGUGACUUGGAUUGCUUUAAAUGUAGCUUUCAAAAAACAGUAUUUAAAAAUGAUUUUCGAAAACAUUUAACCAGUGCUAUAUUUUAAAUUUUAAACGACAUACUUAUAGUGUAUUUAAUUUUUUAUCCACACAAAAAGAGUUGUUUAAAUGUUUGCAAGGUCUGCUACACGUUUACUUUUAGAAACGUUUAAUUAUUGUUAUUAUCAAUCUAUCCUAAAGUUGUUUCAGAUUUUUUUUAAAUAUCAGUGCGUUGUGUAGAAAAGCUUCUCUAAUUAACUCGUAGCACUGUGUUUCAGAUCUAUCUUUAUUAAUUAAUUUGAUUUACCUCUCGUUAUUAAAUGGCCAUAUAUGAGGUUUACUCCCACCCUGCUUUAUUAAGGUACAAGACCAGUAUAUGCACAAAAGCCACGGUAUUUUUAUUAAUCGUUUUGGGGCUCACCUACAUUUCACCUUUGCUGGUUUCUUACAGAAGUCAAGGUUUCUGGUUAAAACUCAGCACUUACGAGGAGCAGCCAAGUGUGCGAUUUCAAUACCAGGUUUUGUUAAUCACAGCGACUAGUACCAGUGGAGACUACGUUGCAUGGAGUACAUAUCAGAACUUCAAUAACCUGCAGGGAAACAACCUUAGAAUACCUUCAAUAUCAGCUAGAGAAGAAGAUCAGAACCAGGAUGGGAAGUUUGACCAGCUCAGUCUCACAUUGGGACUCCCACUCCAGUCCACAGAACAGGUGUACAGUGUCCAGCUUAUUCUCACAUUCUCAUACCAGCUUUUUAGGAUGUCCACCUUCGUAAUGCAGUGUAUGGCAUUCAUUCAGCACUCCUCUCCAAUACCUGGAUCGCAGCUUUGUAUCAAUGGGGAUCUGAGGCUACAGCAGAGACAGCCCUUGAGUCACAGGGGAAUCGAUACCAGAUACAAUGUUUCUGUUAUUAAUGGAAGCAGCCCAUUUGCCAGUGCCUAUGACCUUACUAACAUCAUUGGAAAUUAUCAAGAAAGAAAUGUUUCCACACAGCUGUCAAACCCAAAUCCUGUGUGGACGAUGGUUCGACCUGCCGGUGCCCCGUUUGAAAUAAAUGCCGUUAUCCGAUACCCCAUGGAGAUCAUUACUUAUCAGCCUGGCUUUUGGGAAAUGAUUAAGUUUGCCUGGGUUCAGUACGUCAGUGUUCUGCUAAUUUUCCUGUGGGUUUUUGAGAGGAUCAAGAUCUUUGUUUUCCAGAACCAGGUUCUGCCCACAGUAGCAGUUCCUCCAUUCAAGCAACACCAGUCCUAGACCCGACUCAACCCACAGAACCAAGACAGUGGUGUGAAAUAGAAGGCGGCCUCUUCAAACCAUUUGAUAAGGUUUUGUAGGAAAAGUUGCUUGUGUUUGCAUCUUUGGGGGAAAAAAAUAUAAAUGCUGAAUUUCUACACAAGCUGCAAAUAGUCUGAUUGUGAAACAGAAAUGUAUCAUAAGACACAAGUGAUCUUUUUGCAGACUGCUGGGAUAUUUAGGUCCACAUCUGUUUCAAUCUGAUUAAUAGACCCUGAUAUCUUUAUUCUGAUGGGAGUGUACAGUAUGUAGAUUUUGAAGAUCUUGAUUUGUGAACCUAUAGAUUUUUAAACUCUGAUAUACUUUGAGGAAAUGUUUGCUUUGCUGCUAUGCUGUAUCUUCCCCAUGAAACAUAAGACUUUACUCCACAGAACAGUUUGUUGCAUUUUGUGUAAAAAUGAAAAUGAGUGUUACUAAAUUAACAAGGAUCAAAAGUGAAAUUGUUUCUUAUAAAAACUUUUGUUAAAUGAUUGAUGUUGCUUAUGAUUUUCUGGAGUUAAGUCAUAAAAUAUUUGGCCCCAGUUUUAUUAAUAAUUUAUGUGGCAUCUGACAUUUUUAAAAGCUUGCAGUGAAGGCCUACUACUGUAUAGGCUUGCUGUCUGCUUUCAAAACAAAUGAUACGCUACUGUACAUCCUCCCUGUUAAAGAUGUUAAAGAAAUCACAAGCCUGAUAAAUAGACCUUUUCAGGGACUAGACUGGCAAAAUAAGUUAUUUCCUAAUGUGUGUUGUAAUUUAAUCAUAAUCAUUUGUAAUUAUUUUUUAAACAAAUGGCAUUAUACAUUUUUGUUUUAUGUAACUGUACUUUUGU